AUGGUCGUUCUCGCCGCAUCCAUCUGUACGAGGAGUGGUAAACCCCUCCUCUCGAGGCAAUUCCGACCUAUGCCCAGAUCAAGGGUCGAUGGUCUCCUCGCUGCUUUCCCUAAACUCAUCCCUGUCAACUCUCAACACACCACCGUGGAAACUAACGAUGUUAGAUUCGUGUAUCAACCUUUUGAAGAGUUGUAUGUUCUGUUAAUCACCAAUAAGGGUAGUAAUAUUCUUCAGGAUAUCAAAACUCUCUCACUCCUCGUUCGAUUGAUCUCCUCCCUCACUCCAGCGAUGUCCGAACCAGCAAUCCUCCAUCACGCAUUCGACUUGUUAUGCGGAUUCGACGAGAUAGUUUCUUUGGGAUACAAGGAGAACGUAUCCCUAUCUCAAGUGAGGAACGUCCUAGAGGGAGAAUCGCACGAAGAGAAGAUUCAGGAGAUAAUCGCAAGGAACAAAGAAGCAGAAGCGAAAGAGGAAUUGAAGAGACGUGCCAAACAAUUAGAACUGCAAAGAAGAGAACAACAACGUCUGAACCAAGCUAGUUCAAGAUCUUCUUUACCUGGUGGAUAUGGCGGUGGUGGUGGUGGACAAGGAGGUUAUUCGAGUGUACCCAGAUAUGAUCAACCCCCUCAACAGGAGUAUCGAACUUCCUCACCUGCCGUUUCUUCCCAACAACAACAGCAAAGUCAGAAACCCAAGUUCAGUGGAUCAGGUAUGAAAUUGGGUAAGAAAGGGAAACAAUCCGAUUUGAUCAAUGCUGCUCUUGGAGGUGAACAGGAUGUGGAAAUGGAUGAACCUGUCUAUCAACAACAGAAUGAACCUGAACCUGAAGUUGCGGCGGAAACUGAAGUUUCGGCUGAUGUGUUGGAGAAGGUUGAGCAAGACAGCAUCCAUGUAACAAUCAAAGAACAACUAUCCCUAACCCUCCUCCGAGAUGGUGGUCUGGAAUCAUUCGAACUCAAAGGUGAUUUAGAUCUACGAAUCACCGACGCGGCUCAAUCCAAGAUCAAAUUGACAUUAUCGCCCAAGGAUUACUCUGAAUUGCAAUUCAAGCAACAUCCCAAUGUGGCUAAAUUCACUGGAAGUGACAAGGUCAUAGGAUUGAAAGAUCCCUCGAGAUCGUUCCCUGUCGGUCAAGGAUUGGGGGUACUUAGGUGGAGGAUGACUUCGAAAGAUGAGAGUAAUGUGCCUUUGAAUGUGACUGUUUGGCCACAACCUCGAGGAGAUGGUACUUCAGAUGUAGCAGUAGAGUACGAGCUCGAAGCUCAACAUCUGACAUUGAAGAAUGUCGUUAUAUCCAUACCCGUUCCCUCCGGCUCCCUCCCAUCAGUGACGGGCGAAGCAGACUGGCGACUCUCAGGUAACUCCUUCGUGUGGACCAUCGACACAAUCGAUUCUGAAAAUUCGAAUGGAUCAUUAGAAUUCAGGUGUCAAGGAGAAGCCGAUGACUUCUUCCCUGUUUCCGUUGGAUUCGCAGCUUCAGGGUCUUUAGCUGACGUCGAGGUCGCUAAAGCAGUGUUGAUCGAGAAUGGUGAAGAACAGACUUUCUCACAGGAGAGAAUCUUGACUGUUGAUAAGUACGAGAUUGUAUAG